CCGAAAGCUACAUCCGCUUUUUAUUUUCCGGAAUACAGCGACCGAAGUGAGUUGAGAGUAUGGUUGAUGGUGAAUAUCGCUGUUUUGGAACGUAAUCCGAUACAAUCGAAUAGAGAACUUUGUGCCGUUUUGGUUCCUGUAAUGUGUUACAGAGGUUAAGUCUGUUGCCUGUUUUGUUGCAUUCAGAAUGCACCUGUACAACUUGACCUUGCAACGUGCCACUGGCAUCACUCAUGCUGUCCAUGGCAACUUCAGUGGCAGUAAGAUGCAGGAGAUUCUUGUAUCAAGGGGAAAGUCUCUUGAGUUGUUACGUCCAGAUCCUAACACUGGCAAAGUACAUACUCUGCUAACUGUUGAAGUUUUUGGAAUAGUACGAUCUUUGAUGGCUUUUAGGUUGACAGGUGGAACAAAAGAUUAUAUUGUGGUUGGAUCAGAUUCUGGUAGAAUUGUAAUCUUGGAAUAUAUCAGUACAAAAAAUAUUUUUGAGAAAGUGCACCAAGAGACAUUUGGAAAAAGCGGUUGCCGAAGAAUUGUCCCUGGCCAAUAUCUUGCAAUUGACCCCAAAGGAAGAGCUGUUAUGAUUGGUGCAAUAGAGAAACAGAAGUUGGUGUAUAUUCUGAAUCGAGAUGCAGAAGCACGUCUCACUAUUUCAUCACCCCUUGAAGCCCACAAAAGCAACACCUUGGUGUAUCACACUGUGGGUGUAGACGCAGGAUUUGAAAAUCCGAUGUUUGCUUGCUUGGAAAUUGAUUAUGAGGAAGCAGACACAGAUCCAACAGGAGAAGCAGCACACAAAACACAGCAGACAUUGACAUUUUAUGAGCUGGAUCUUGGUUUGAACCACGUUGUUCGUAAAUACAGCGAGCCUUUGGAAGAGCAUGCCAAUUUCUUGGUAUCUGUUCCUGGUGGAAAUGAUGGUCCCAGUGGAGUCCUUAUUUGCUCUGAGAACUAUCUUACGUACAAGAACUUGGGUGAUCAGCAUGAUAUCCGUUGCCCUAUUCCGAGAAGGAGGAAUGAUUUGGAUGAUCCAGAGAGGGGAAUGAUUUUUGUGUGCUCAGCAACACACAAGACAAAGUCAAUGUUCUUCUUCCUUGCACAAACUGAACAGGGUGAUAUUUUUAAAAUUACUUUGGAAACCGAUGAAGAUAUGGUGACUGAGAUUAAGCUAAAAUAUUUUGACACAGUUCCAGUAGCAUCUGCCAUGUGUGUUAUGAAGACAGGGUUCCUUUUUGUUGCAUCAGAAUUUGGCAACCAUUACUUAUAUCAGAUCGCACAUCUUGGUGAUGAUGAUGAUGAACCUGAAUUCAGUUCUGCCAUGCCCUUGGAAGAAGGUGAUACUUUCUUUUUUGCACCAAGGCCACUGCGGAAUCUAGUGCUUGUUGAUGAGUUGGACUCGCUCUCGCCCAUUUUGGCAUGCCAAGUUGCAGAUCUAGCUAAUGAAGACACUCCACAAUUGUAUAUGCUGUGUGGCCGUGGACCGCGGUCUUCGGUGAGAGUUUUGAGACAUGGAUUGGAAGUGUCUGAGAUGGCUGUUUCAGAACUUCCAGGCAACCCAAAUGCUGUUUGGACUGUAAAGAGGCGAGUCGAUGAAGAAUAUGAUGCAUACAUCAUUGUGUCAUUCGUUAAUGCUACUCUGGUAUUGUCAAUUGGUGAAACUGUUGAGGAAGUAACAGACUCUGGGUUUCUUGGCACCACGCCCACUCUCUCUUGUUCGGCUCUUGGAGAGGAUGCUCUGGUGCAGGUAUACCCAGAUGGUAUUCGUCACAUCCGUGCAGAUAAGCGUGUAAAUGAGUGGAAAACGCCUGGGAAAAAGACUAUAGUGAAAUGUGCUGUGAACCAGCGUCAAGUUGUUAUAGCUCUAACAGGUGGAGAACUUGUGUACUUUGAAAUGGACCCCACAGGACAACUUAACGAAUACACAGAACGCAAAGAGAUGCCAUCUGAGGCAGUAUGUAUGGCACUGGCAAAUGUGCCUGCUGGAGAGCAGAGGUCUCGUUUCCUUGCUGUGGGCUUGGCAGAUAACACAGUGCGCAUCAUCUCUCUUGAUCCCUUGGACUGCCUUUCCCCGUUGAGUAUGCAAGCUCUUCCUGCAGCUGCUGAAUCUCUUUGUAUAGUAGAGAUGGGUGCAGGUGAAACAGGAGGUGAAGGUGAACCUGGGACAACUGGUUCACUGUAUCUCAAUAUAGGUCUGCAGAAUGGCGUGUUGCUACGAACAGUAUUGGAUCAAGUCACGGGUGACUUGGCAGAUACACGGACACGAUACCUUGGAUCUCGUCCUGUAAAAUUAUUCCGCAUCAGAAUGCAAGGCAGUGAGGCUGUUUUGGCCAUGUCAAGCCGAUCAUGGUUGAGUUACUAUUAUCAGAAUCGUUUCCACCUGACUCCGUUGUCAUAUGAGUCACUGGAAUAUGCUUCAGGCUUCUCAUCAGAACAGUGUCCAGAGGGAGUUGUUGCCAUUUCCACAAAUACACUUCGUAUAUUGGCUCUGGAGAAGUUGGGUGCAGUAUUCAAUCAGGUAUCUUUCCCAGUGGACUACACACCUCGUAAAUUUGUAAUCCACCAGGAGUCUGCUCACCUUAUUAUUACAGAAACUGAACAUAAUGCUUACACUGAAGAUACAAAGAAACAGAGACGAAUACAAAUGGCCGAGGAAAUGCAAGAAGCAGCUGGAGAGGAGGAGCAGGAGCUUGCUCGUGAAAUGGCAGAGGCUUUUUUGAAUGAGGACUUGCCAGAAAGUGUGUUCAGUGCCCCCAAGGCAGGACCAGGAAUGUGGGCUUCUGUAAUUCGUGUGUUGGAUCCAGUUGAAGGCAGGACAGAGCAACUCAUAAAGUUAGAUCAAAAUGAAGCUGCUCUGAGCAUUGCCUUGGUUAAGUUUGCAAACCAAGCUGAUAACCAGCAGUUUGUUGUUGUUGGAGUAGCAAAAGAGCUGCAGCUGAAUCCUCGUCAGGUUGGAGGAGGUUUCCUAUACACAUACAAAGUGAAUGCAGAUUGCACACAUUUGGAACUGGUCCAUAAGACUCCAGUAGAUGAAGUUCCCUCGGCAAUCGCUCCAUUCCAAGGCCGUAUCUUGGUGGGGGUUGGCCGCAUGUUACGUCUGUAUGAUAUGGGAAGGAAAAAACUUCUUCGGAAAUGUGAGAACAAGCAUAUCCCAAAUCUGAUAGUGAAUAUCCAAGCCAUGGGGCGUCGUAUCUUUGUGUCUGAUGUACAAGAAAGUUUGUAUAUGGUGCGGUACAAGAGACAAGAGAACCAGCUCAUCAUUUUUGCUGAUGACACUCAUCCACGUUGGAUAACAAUAGCCACAGUCCUUGACUUUGAUACUGUAGCAACAGCUGACAAAUUUGGGAAUAUCGCAGUUAUCCGUCUGACAGGAAAUGUAACAGAUGAUGUAGAUGAAGAUCCAACAGGGAACAAAGCACUAUGGGAUCGUGGACUUCUAAAUGGUGCUGCCCAAAAAGCUGGUAUUGUUGCUAACUUCCAUGUGGGAGAAAUCUGCAUGUCAUUGCAGAGAGCAACUCUGAUUCCUGGUGGCAGUGAAUCGUUGGUGUACACAACACUAUCUGGUACAGUGGGUGUGUUGGUACCUUUCACAUCACAUGAGGACCAGGACUUCUUCCAGCAUUUGGAAAUGCACAUGCGGUCUGAGAACCCUCCAUUAUGUGGUCGGGAUCAUCUUUCAUUCCGCUCUUAUUAUUAUCCUGUUAAGAAUGUUCUGGAUGGAGACUUGUGUGAACAGUUCAACUCCAUAGACAUAGCCAAGCAAAAGAGUAUUGCUGAUGAUUUGGACCGCACUCCAAGUGAAGUAUCGAAGAAACUAGAAGAUAUUCGUACACGCUAUGCAUUUUAAUUUGAACGCUGAUGUGCAUGUGGGAGGGGGGCCUGUGCCAUUUCAGGUUAUGUGGUGUGUUUCAAAUAAAUCUACACAUUAUAAAAUGCUACGCUUUAUUGUACUUGUAAAAGUAUUUUGUGUUUGGUUGUAUAAUUUGUUUUAAUAUUAGAAAAACCAUUGUGAUACAAGUAAAAAUAUUCAGUGUGUCAUUAGUCUUUGUAGAUGCUAUAAUAUGUUUCUUCAGACUUAUUUAUGAAAAGAAAUAGUUCUAAGUAUUAUCCACAGCAGGUGACUUGUGCGGUUCAGUCCGUGAUUUCAGACUUGAAAAGUGUGGUUCAUGUUAGAACUUUGGAGAUGUAAUUGGGAUAUUAAGCUUUGAUGGGUUAAUUAGCAAUGGUCUAGAACAGGGGUCAUCAACCUUUUUAUACCUACCGCCCACUUUUGUAUCUUUGUUGAUGGUAAAAUUUCCUUACCGCCCACCGGUGCCGCAUGUACUGCCCACCACCAUGAAAGUGGUACAGCUCGAAGACAGUGAUGGCCGGUGGUAAGCCCCGCCCUUGUUAUGCACACUAAACUCGUGCCUUUGGCUAUGGUGCUCAUUCGUUGCUCCCUCGUCCACGAGUAUACUUCGACAAGUGUCCGGUGAAUUAUUAUCUAUAUUCAAAGGUUAGAGAUGGAAUUCAAAAGUAAAUUGCAAAAGCAUAUUUUAAAAAGUCAAACUCGCGAAGUUGUUAGCAAAGUAUUCGAUAUAUGGAGGAAGAACAAAAUUUGUAACAACGGCCAAAAAAAACCCACCACCCACCAUGAAAGGUUGAAUUGCCCACUAGUGGGCAGUAGGGACCAGGUUGAUGACCCCUGGUCUAGAAUGUGGAUGCCUGUGUUUAUUUAAAAAAAAUAGAAUAGGGUUGGUUGACCCCAAGCCCUUACGUUGUGUCUAGCCACAGAAGAUGGCACAUGUAUUAAAUAUGAAGAUGAUGAAUCAGUUCAUUGCUUGCAUUUCAUUCUGCCCAUAUUUGGACAAGAUAUUGCCAGUGUUAAAUACUGUUUGUCAGUUGAAAUAAAUGUUCCCCAUCAUUUGUUAAUGCUAA